AAAAGAUAAACAAAAGUUGAUUGAAUUGAUUGAACCUCGAAUUAAUAACUUAUACUGAGGAUUGAACAGUGCAUGAAAGAAACUAGUUAGUAAAUCUAAAGUCGGUCGCUUUAUAAUACUACUGUUCGACAUAAGAAAAAUGCCGACUUCAUUAUUUAGCUACGACACCUUGGUUCACGCCAUUGCUGGAGCUGCGGGCAGUGUAAUUGGUAUGACUGCGUUUUAUCCAUUGGAUACCUUACGAUCAAGAAUACAAGUUGAAGACUCCAUACAAUUGCAAGGCUCUACAUGGGAACUGUUGAUGAAAUUGGCAAACGAAGAAGGUUUCGAAUCUUUGUAUCAGGGGUUGUGUCCUGUUUUACAAUCAUUGUCAAUAUCGAACUUUGUGUACUUUUAUGCAUUCCAUGCAUUGCGUAAAGUUACUGCAAAAGAAAACUCGGCUCUCAAAGAUUUACUUUAUGGUAUAGUUGCUGGAAGUAUAAACGUGCUGUUAACAUCUCCCUUAUGGGUCGUAAAUACAAGAAUGAAGUUGGAAAAGAAUUCUUAUAGCAGCCUUUUUGGGGGUCUUGUACAAGUGGCUAAACAGGAAGGUGCUAAGGGACUAUGGUCGGGCACUAUACCAUCAUUACUUUUAGUUUCCAAUCCCGCCAUUCAGUUUAUGGUAUACGAAAGGCUCAAAAGAGAUCUCGUUUCAAGACAAUGUUUCGAUACAUACAAUGCAUUUUUAGUUGGGGCUAUAGCUAAGGCCAUAGCCACCACUUUGACCUAUCCGGUACAAUUAAUACAAUCAAGGUUGAGAGCUGGCACUAGCUUAAAACCACUUUUUAAAGAUGUUAAAUCUAAUCCGCUCAUUUUGUUUCGUGGACUCGAGGUAAAAUUGUUGCAAACUGUCAUGACAGCUGCUCUCAUGUUUCUAAUAUACGAAAAGCUUGUUAGGUUAGUUUUGACCAUUAUGCGUGUAAAAGCUAAUAAAUGAAGUGGUUACAAAUCCUAUUUGUACUUCGAUAUAGAUACGAAUCUGUAUUUAGGUACAUGAACAAUGGCACUUUAUUAUAAGCAUCUUAGGUUUGAAUUCGUAUUUAAGUAAUUACACAUCAGAAAGUACCUUUUUUUGCUUGUCGGGAAAAUGCUUUACAUCGGGAGAAGCAAAGCGGAGGUACCGGGAACUCCUCCUCCCCAUUCAUUUCAGCCAGACUGGCUUGAUGAAAUGAGCAGGGCCCUACUUAAACCGUAAAAACCAGAAAAUACUCCUGAAUCGGUCACCCGACCCGCAUUAUAAGGACCUCGGUCCCCUUAUUGUGUGCCGGGA